AUGACAAGUAUCACAGAUUUCCAAAGGAAAGUCUACACUCUUCUCCUCCAGAUUCCUGCAGGAAAAGUCUCCUCUUACGCCUCUCUUGCCAAAGCUCUCUCAACUGCACCUCGAGCAGUUGGGGGGGCUUUGAGACGAAAUCCUUAUGCUCCGCAGGUUCCGUGUCAUCGAAUUAUCUGUGCUGAUGGGGCAAUCGGGGGGUUCAAGGGCGAAGCGCAGAAUGCCCCGUCAGGCGUUAAUCAAAAUGAAAAGUUGGGAUUGUUGAAGAGUGAGGGAGUUGAGUUUGAUGAGAAUGGUCAAUUAAAGGAUGAAGACAGGUGGUGGGACGAUUUCCGUGUUUGA